UUGCUAUGAUUCCAUCUUUAUCUCCCACAAGCACAGCCAGUGACCUCAGCCCUGACGUUGCUGGGUCUGUCUCAGUGAGAGUCAUAGAUGGUUCCUGCAUUCUCUGCACUGACAUCAUCCUGAGCAGGUCCUUCCAGAGGGAAAUACAGACCAGUCAUCACAUUGUUCAAAGUUGCUUCCAAAGGAUUGGAAACGAUGGCCGAAAUAGAAUUUGACGAGAAGGACCAGGAGAUCCUCAGUCAGGUUGACAAGUACCUCUACUGCAUGAGGCUUUCAGAUGAAACCCUCCAGGAAGUCUCCUCACUGUUCCGGAAGGAAAUGGAGAAGGGCCUUGGGGCUGAUUCCAACCCUACAGCCUCUGUGAAAAUGUUGCCAACGUUUGUGAGAUCUACCCCUGAUGGAACAGGCACUGGAUCCAAUGCCUGCUACAUGGAGGAGAUGCGGCAUAUUGAUUUGGUGGAGGGAGAUGAAGGGCGCAUGUGCAUCAACAUGGAAUGGGGAGCUUUUGGGGACGAUGGGGUCCUCAACGACGUCAGGACACAAUUUGACCGGGAUAUUGACAUGGGCUCACUGAAUCCAGGAAAGCAACUGUUUGAGAAGAUGAUUAGUGGCAUGUACAUGGGUGAGCUGGUCAGACUCAUCCUGGUGAAGAUGGCCAAGGAGCAUCUCCUCUUUGGUGGGAAGGUCUCAUCAGACUUGUUGACAAAGGGACACUUUGAGACCAGAUAUGUCUCCGCUAUUGAGAAGGAGAAAGAAGGACUACAAAAAGCCCACGAGAUCUUGACAAAGCUGGGCUUGGACCCAUCCCAUGAAGACUGUGUUGCCACUCGGCGAAUCUGUGAGGUUGUCUCUACUCGCUCAGCGAACCUCUGCGGUGCUGCCCUGGCUGCUGUCCUUCGGCGCAUCAAGGAGAACAAGGGAAUUGACAGGCUGCGCUCCACCGUUGGAGUGGAUGGCACUGUGUAUAAAAAGCACCCGCAUUUUGCCCAUCGCCUUCACAAGGUUGUGCGCUGCCUCUUGCCUGACUGCGACAUCCAGUUCAUUCGCUCAGGGGAUGGGAGUGGCAAAAGGACUGCCAUGGUCAAUGUGGUGGCAGCCCAACACCAGGCCCGGCAGGAGAUCUUGGAUCCCCUGAGGCUCAGCUAUGAGCAGCUGAUGGAAGUGAAGGAGAGGAUGAAAGAGGAGAUGGAGCUGGGCCUGGCCCAAGAAACCCACAACGAGGCCACUGUGAAGAUGUUGCCCACUUAUGUAUGCGCCACACCAGAUGGAACGGAAAAAGGAGACUUCCUGGCCUUGGAUCUUGGGGGCACAAACUUCCGUGUGUUGCUUGUGCGGGUUCGAAAUGGGAUGAGGCACAGUGUGGAGAAGCACAAGAUCUACAAGAUCCCCCUGGAUAUCAUGCAGGGAACAGGCGAUGAGCUCUUUGACUACAUUGUGAACUGCAUCUCGAAGUUUUUGGAGUACAUAGGGAUGAAGGGGGUGUCGCUGCCUCUUGGAUUCACGUUUUCUUUCCCUUGUCAUCAGAACAGGCUGAAUGAGGCAAUACUUCUGAAGUGGACUAAAGGUUUCAAAGCUACUGGCUGUGAAGGAGAAGAUGUGGUGUGUUUGCUGAGAGAUGCAAUUCGUAGGAGAGAGGAAUUUGACCUGAAUGUGGUUGCUGUUGUGAAUGACACUGUUGGGACCAUGAUGAGCUGUGGAUUCGAAGACCCAUAUUGUGAAGUUGGGCUCAUUGUUGGAACGGGCAGCAACGCCUGCUACAUGGAGGAGAUGAAGAAUGUGGAGCUGGUGGAAGGGGAUGAAGGCAGGAUGUGCAUUAACAUGGAAUGGGGCAGCUUUGGUGAUAACGGCUGCCUGGAUGACAUCCGGACUGAGUUUGAUGUUGUGGUAGAUGAGAAUUCCCUCAACGCUGGGAAACAAAGGUUUGAGAAGAUGAUCAGUGGGAUGUAUCUGGGCGAGAUUGUUCGGAAUAUCCUGAUCCGUUUCACCGAACGAGGACUGCUCUUUCGUGGCCGGAUUUCUGAACGACUGAAGACAAGGGGCAUCUUUGAGACCAAAUUCCUGUCACAGAUUGAAAGUGAUCACCUAGCCCUGGUCCAGGUCCAUUCCAUUCUCCAGCGCCUUGGCCUGGAAAGCACCUGUGAUGACAGAAUUAUCGUGAAGGAGGUGUGCACAGUGAUUGCCCGGCGCGCUGGCCAACUUUGUGGAGCAGGGAUGGCAGCUGUGGUAGACAAAAUCCGGGAGAACCGUGGGAUGGACUUCCUUAAGAUCACAGUCGGUGUGGAUGGGAGCCUGUACAAGUUUCACCCACACUUCUCUUCCGUAAUGCAUGAGACGGUGAAACAGCUGUCUCCAAAGUGCGAGGUAACCUUCCUCCAGUCAGAAGAUGGGAGCGGCAAGGGUGCGGCUCUCAUCACUGCGGUGGCAUGCCGCAUCCGGGAGGCCGGUCAGCACUAACCACCUGGGGAGCGGAGAGCUGAAUUCCCUCAAGGUGGAUGCCCCUCAUUCACCCUGGCUUCCCCUCAUCACCACAGGCGACUCCUUGCUUGGCUUCUACUCUGCAGAUACCACCCCUCAGACUCUGUGUCUGUCAUUUAAAAGAAUUCCUUGAGCUCUUCUACAUGUCGUACGAGCACAUAUCAACUAGAGCUUAAAGUGGUAUUUGGGCAUCUCCCUCCAGUCCCAAGCCAACCUUUCUUAUGCAGAGUUUGCAUUGGAUGUUACCCAUCACUAUUCCAACCUGGGUCUUCCAUAGAAGUGGCAGGCAGUGAAGAAAUGGUAUUGUUGCUCCUGUGUGGCUUUUGAUUUCUCAUCAGUUAGUUCAGUUCUUACAGGGAAGAAGAAGUGUUUGUGUUCUGUCAUGAGAAAAAAAAAUCUCAACCAGCAAAAUUCUAAUAGAAAAUAUUUUUGCCAUCUAGUUGUGUAUUAUCUGUCAAGAUGUCCAAGAAAUAAUGUGGUUGGGCUGUCAACCUGAACUGAUAAUUUUUUCCUCUAUUUUUUAUGUGUAUGUAUAUAUUUAUAUGGCCUGGAAUAACUAAAGUACCAAAAGAAUCUUUCCAGUCUGUUAAGGUACAGAUUUGGAUUUAAAGCACAUUUUUUCUUCUUUCUGUCCUUUUUAAUUUGAAAUGUUUCCAUAUAUUUUGUAAAAAGCUUCAGAGCUGCAAUAAAGGUGAAAAUUCUGAAAUGGAUUUCAAAAUAAUGAAAUGGGAAACUGAUAUCGGACAGGCAUCAAGAUUUUUUAAAUUAAAAAAUUACUAAUCCAAAACCAAACACUUUUGUGUAACAGUUGACUGGAUAUAACCUGUAUUUUCUGAAGUGAGAAAAAACACAAAUGUUUUAUCUUUUGUAUUCUUGGAAAGCAAAGAUGGGUAUUUUUAAAACUUGAAUAUCAAGGGGCUGCUAGAUUGUACCUUGUCCUGAUAUGCAUUCUAUUUCACCAACAGUGAACAUUAGUAAAUAGCCAAUUUUAUUUUUAUAGUGACUAUUACAGGGAAAAUGAGAAUAAUGAAGUAAGUUUUGUGUGUGA